CUGACAUCUGCUUCAGACUGCCCUUAGCGGUCGUUUACAGCCAGGAAGCAGCUCAGAGGGAGGAGAAGUCCUGAAAUGUGACCUUCUGUCGAUGAUUCACGGCGUGUUUGAGUAAAUACUGAGUGAUUAGGAGGAUCGAUAGGGCAAUGAGUAACCUGUCCACGUUUUAUCUGACUGCAGGCGUCCAGCAGCUCUCGGGCUGAAUGUGACUUUUCUUCCGGACUCACAUCGACUCUUCUCUGGUUUUAGUUUUUUUUUUUUUUUUUUUUAACCGUCCUCCAGCUGCAGCUCACCGCCGACUCGAAGCUCCUUUCCCCGGGUGAGAAGAUGGGCUCCAGGCUGCUGCUGUCCUCUCUGCUCGCUGCUCUGCUGCUGCAUCACUCCUCCGCCUUCUGGAUCAUCAACGUGGUUUUUCCUCCAGCAGCCAAAACCAGAGCUCCGAGCAACAGCACUCCUCCACUCAUCAUAGUUCCAGGGAACUUGGGGAACCGACUGGAAGCAAAAAUAGACAAACCAACGCUGGUCCACUGGUUGUGCUACAAGAAGACGGAGAACUGGUUCCCCCUGUGGAUCGACCUCAACAUGUUCAUGCCGAUUGGUGUGGACUGCUGGAUCGACAACAUCAAACUUGUUUACAACAGGACGUCUCGGCGGUCUUCCAACUCACCGGGGGUUCAGGUUCGAGUGCCAGGAUUCGGUCAGACGUAUCCCAUCGAGUUCCUGGACAACAACGAGCUGGCUGGUUAUUUUCACACUAUGGUGCAACAUUUGGUGAACGCCGGCUACGUCCGAAACGAGACGGUCCGAGGAGCUCCGUACGACUGGAGACUGGCACCGAAUGAGAAUGCAGAAUAUUUCACAAAGCUGCAGGACAUGGUUGAGGAGAUGUACAACCAGUACCAGCAGCCCAUUUACCUGCUCGGACACAGCAUGGGCUGCCACUACAUCCUCUAUUUCCUCAACCACCAGCCUCAGGAGUGGAAGGACAAGUACAUCAGGGGCUUCAUUUCUCUGGGAUCGCCAUGGGGGGGCGCCAUAAAAACACUCAGAGUCAUAGCUUCAGGUGAGAACGACGGCAUCCCGAUGAUCUCGAACAUCAAAAUCCGCGAGGAGCAGAGGAUGGUGACGACUAAUCCCUGGAUGCUGCCAUUCGAGGACGUCUGGCCAAAGGACCACGUGUUCAUCUCAACGCCGAACUUCAACUACACCUCCCGCGACUACCAGCGCUUCUUCAAAGACAUCAGCUUCGAGGACGGCUGGUACAUGUGGGAGGACACGAAGAACCUCACUACUGCUCUCCAGCCGCCUGGUGUUGAGGUUUGGUGCAUGUACGGCGUCGGGCUCCCGACCAUAGUGACGUAUAUUUAUGACGAGGAGUUUCCCAACGGAGACCCGGUGGACUUUGCUUACGGCGAUGGGGACAACACCGUGGACAGCAUGAGCAUGAGUCUUUGUAAGCGCUGGGUGGGGCAGCAGAAGAAGCCCGUCCACGUGACAGAGUACCGAGGACUGGCCCACCUGGACAUGGUGUUCCACGAAGAGGUGCUCAACCAAAUCCAGCAGAUCCUGGAGGGCAAAUCAGACACGCCCAAAGAGAUCGAUGUCAGGCUUUCGGCUAAAUAGCACGUGACGGUUUGAAAACACAAAGGGGUGCUGGAUUUUUACACAGCUGACUUUUUAGCAAUGUCAAGCACAGAAACACUGAUUAGUACCUCCUCUUAGCUCAACAGCUCCAAACCCAUCUGGAUUUGAGGAGAAUCUAACCCCAAAACCCUUUUUGAUACUCAAGCCUGAUGACUUGACAGUGUGAGUUUGACCCUGAUAUGACUAUUUCUAUUUCAAGGCUGUGUUUUUUUCUUCUACUUUUUCUUUGUAUCUGCGGUGAUUAUAAAGAAAGCAUAAUAAUCUCAGUAAUUGCAAACAUAGUAAUAGCUUAUUUUUAUUGUUUUGAAGGUCCUGUUACAUCAUUUUGGUUUGUUUAUCACUGAUAGAUCAUGAAUAACUAAUCACAUCAUCAUUAUAGAGACAAUAUACAGACCAUUUUUAUUGUGUGAUAUUACUGUAACAUUUCAUUUAGGAUUUAUCUAUUUUUAGAGAUCUGCACAAAUAUUCUGGAACAUGUAUGAUGAGAUGCCUUUUUCCCCAAGCACGUAGCCUGCGUUUAAAACCAUAAUUGUAAAAUGAGGAUGUUUUUACAGCGCUGUUGUAUAAACGUGUGAAAUGUUUGGGU